CCGUAACCAUUCGAUUCAACCCAGACUAGACUCGACUAGACACGAUCGACCCAUUGUUUGUGAAAACAUGGCAGACAUGGCGGACAGUGCGAGUGCUAGCGAGAUCGAAAGCGACACGGACAGCAUGAAAAUGUGCAUCCCAACGCGAAAAGAGGAGCUGCUCAAUAGAAUUGCUUCUCUGGAACAGGAGAACAGGGUUUUGAAGAUUGAGCUUGAGACCUACAAGAUGCGCUGCAAAUCCCUUCAAGGGGAAAAUCGUGACCUGAAACGGGCGAGUGUGAAUAUCCAAGCACAAGCAGAACAGGAAGAGGAGUUUAUCAGCAACACACUCCUGAAAAAGAUUCAAGCCCUGAAGAAAGAGAAGGAGAAGCUCGCCGUCAACUACGAGCAGGAGGAAGAGUACCUCACCAAUGACCUGUCCAGGAAACUCGUCCAGCUUCGUCAGGAAAAGCAUCAGCUCGAGAGAACGCUGGAGCAGGAACAGGAGUACCAAGUCAACAAACUGAUGAGGAAGAUUGAGAGACUGGAAAAUGACACCGUCUCCAAACAGAAGAAACUUGAAGAGUUGAGGAGAGAGAAGGUGGAUCUAGAGAAUUGUCUGGAGCAGGAGCAGGAAGCGUUAGUCAACAGACUCUGGAAGAGGAUGGACCGGCUGGAAGCAGAAAAAAGAAUGCUGCAGGAAAAGUUAGAUGAACCGGUUUCAGCCCCAGCCUCGCCCAGGGAAAUCAAGAAUGGCAGCACCACCGAUAACUUGAGUGUUUAUGUCGACCAGCUACGCAACGAAGUCCGCAAACUCAAAGGCCAGCUGAUGUCCGCUCAAAUUGAACAUCAAGAGAAGAUGGCUCACUUGGUACAGGAGGAACGAGAGUUCAAGGAGGAGAAUCUCCGCCUGCAGCGCAAGCUCCUGCUUGAGCAGGAGAGGAGGGAAGCCCUGAGCAGGCACCUGUCGGAGAGCGAGUCCAGCCUGGAGAUGGACGACGAAAGGCAGUUCAAUGAGAUGGCUGUCCACGGCAGUCUGCGGCCGCGGACGAUCUCAAGCCCCAUCCCAUACUCACCGAAUCCAAACAGGCCCAUUUCUCCAGCGAUGCACACUGCUUUCUCUCCGUCGUCACCAGCGAGCCGGAGCACGCCCUUUGCCGUGGGACCCCCCAGUCAUCCCUCGCCGAUCAGUCCGUACGGGACUUCCCCACCUGUUGGGCCGAGCCACUUAAUGCAUAUGGGCUCCACACCUCCAUCACAGGGUCAGCAAAUGGGCCACCCUUCCCAGUCCCAGCUUCAUCGGCACCGGGUCACUGUAGCUACAGCGGGCAGCAAUUCCGGAAGCCACAACCCGGAAAAGUUCAUCAAGCCCACAGCCCCGACCCCGUAGGGACUGCCCUGCCAUUGGAAGAAGGCGGACAACGUGGAGGGGAGAAGGAGGAGCUACCUUGAUCUCCUCCUCAGGGAAUCGUAAGAUGGUCAGUUGACGGGUGGACUCAGUACCCGGGGAAGGGCCAAGGUUGUAACUUGUAAUUGUUUACAAAUCAGGUUGAAGUUCAGCCGUCUCGAGUAGACGGCAGACUACACGAAAGAAUUUGGUUGCCUGAAAUCAGUGGAUUGUGACGAAAAGGAAGGAAAAACACGGAAUUCAAUUUUGAAGAGUGCAUGCUAAACCCUAACUUGAUCUGCACGAGAGAGCCCGUUAAUAUUUGUGUUUGCAAUUUGGCGUAGUUUUUCUUGUGGUUUGCCACUUUAAAAAUGCAGUUGUUGACAUGUACAUAAAGCAAAAAAAAGUGUUACGUGAUGCUGUAAAACUGCAGUGGGCGACAUCACAUUGGGACAUGGCAAUUUUGCAAAUGUACCCUCAAAUGAAUUGGCAGUUGUGGAAUUUUUUGGUGCCUUCUCAGCCUGCCAGUUCUGCUGCAAAAGUAGACUGAGAAUAGUUUUAACAAAAGCAGAAAAUAAUUGCCGCAGGGCAGUGAUGGGUCAAGCACCUGUAGAGCGUUCAUCCAUACAUAUAAAGCACAAUGUAGAAGUGCACGGAUAGUCUUGAAGCCGUUGCCCGGGUGCGCAUUUAUCUACUUGUCGUUGGUCUGAACACAGCAUAUCAUCAUUUUGGCUGAUUCACGCACUGUCAUGAAACUCUUGAAUUUGUUCAGCUUUGAUAUUUUGUUGGGGAAAGAAAAGGUUGGUUCACUUUGCUGGCGGACACGAUGUAACAAGUGGCCAUUUUCAGAGAACGGCUCCAGAGAGCAGAGGCGAAGGUCAAAUGCUGUUUUUGGUUAAAGAAAGUAAAACGAAACCAUCCUAAACUAAUACUAUAUCGUCAUAAUGUGAAAUGUCUUAUUGAUUUGAACAUUUUUCCUCAUCUUAUCAGGAAGACGGCAAUAUAUUACUUACGUGUACACAAGUAUGAUGGAAUAUGAGAGAUACUUUUAACGAGCCUGUAAAAGCUGUCAAACUUGAAAUUGGCCCUGGUUACCCAGUUAUUGUGGAGUACAAAUAUUUAAGACAAAAAUAUUGUAUAUAUAUAUUUAAGAGAAAUUAUAUAAGUCUGAUUUGAAAAAUCUCUGUUUUAGUGUGAUUUCAGUGACAAGGCACAAAUGUUGAUUGCCGCUUUCUGCUCAAAAUGGUGAACUUUACACAAUAUAAAAAGCCAGUCAUUGCUUUUAUGGUUAGAAAAGUGCGGCCAUUUUGGUAUUUGCUAUGCAUGUAGGAUUCAUUGCAAAUGUUGCUCAUGUUUAGAGAAGUUUAACUGUUAUGGUUCGACUUUGGAGAGUACGUAUACUUACUGCCUAAAAUGUAUGUGUCGUAACAACACUUGAAAUCUUUUCCAAGAGUUCAUUAACCUGUGCCAGCUUUUUAAAGUGAGCCACUUUGAAUUGAAUGUUAAUGUCUUGAUUUAUCCUCUCAGAAUUGUUCAUCUGAUUGCAUAAUACAAGAGUUCUACAAUGGCAGUAGCUACGGGUAUGACAGGUUUCCUUGGGGCAUUAGACAAGGAAAAAAUGAUUUAGAUGAGGAAAAAUUAAAGGGGAGUGAAGUGGGUGUCACUGGACACUAGAGGGCACUGUUAACGAUACAAACUUUAGCACCUGUUCACGCAUUAGCCCAUUUGUAGGUCUUUUUUUUUAAAUUCAGUUUUUGCUGUCAAUCUGUUUUCUGUGUUUUUUAAGGGGUACUUUGGCGUGCCGACCAAACAUAUUUUUUUGUGCCAUUAAUGUUUCUGCCCAGAAUAACAUGACAAAUUCUCUCAUGAAUAUUGACAAAAUACAAAGAUCAAGAAGACACCAAAGUUCCCUUUAAAAUAGCAGAAACAUAAAGUGCUUUAAAGAUAAAGAUGGGAUAAACAUGUACAUGUAUGCCGUGAGAUAUGCUGCGGAUAAGACUGUGAAGGGAUGUGUGUUCUUUAUCCAAUCAAUCAGGAUCAAGUUGUGAGGACCUAGGUGUACAUGGGUCUUUGGUCCCCACAGUAACUGUCCAGCACCUGUGGUCCUCACAGCUAUGGCACGCAGCAAGAUUUUUGAGGUUUGGUGUAUCUUGGUAAUUGUACACAUUACGCAGUACGAGGUAAAUGUAAAAAUGUCACAGCUGGUUGAAGUAUUCUUUAGGCUUUAGGUACCGGUGCUCCAUUGGCAGCGGCGUAGCGGGGGGGGUUGUGUUCCAACCCCCCCCCCAUAAUUCUUUUCAGUCAGCAAAUAAAGGGUCAGUCAGCAAA